AUGGACCUGAGGUUCCCCAUCAAAGCUAACGUCAACGUGGCCCUGCCUUUAGUUGGAAGGUUGGUCAACCUGGAAGUGUCCCUGGACCUCCUGACUUCUGUCAGAGUGGAAGAUCUCGAAUCUGAAAACCCCACAUUGGUGAAAGGAAAAUGCAGGAGUGACCCAGCCAGCUUCAAGCUCGUCCUGCUUGAUGGCAAGGCCCCUGGACUCAACCGCCUGGUGGACUCUGUGCUCUCCCUCAAACAGAAGAUCGUGGGCUUUUUGAUAGAGAAAGUCGUAUGCCCUGUGGUUAACCUGCUGAUCGACUCCCAAGUUGGUGUCAUCAUCAAGAACAUCCUAGAUCACAGCUGCCUAGACUUUGAGAGAACAGAGACAUCCCUCAGACAGUUAGAGAGCAAACGGUCUGUAGACGCCACGGCCACGGUCUACAGUUUUCAGAUCAGAGCGCAACUCACUGGCGUCCAAAUCCUGGAUGUGAAGCUGGAAGUGAACCCUAAGGACAACAUCAUCGACCUGAGGUUCCCCGUCACAGCUAAUGUCACCGUGGCCCUGCCUUUUGUUGGAAGGUUGGCUAACUUGGAGGUUUACCUGGACCUUCUGAGUUCUGUCACAGUGGAAGAUACCGAGUCUGAAUACCCCACAGUGGUGCAAGGAAAAUGCAGGAGUGACCCAGCCAGCGUCAAGCUCAUCCUGAUUGAUGGCAAGGCCCCUGCACUCAACCGCCAGGCGGACUCUAUGCUCUCCCUCAAGAAGAUCGUGAGCUUUGUGAUAGAGAAAGCUGCGUGCCCCUUGCUUCACCUGGUGAUUGAAUCCCAGGUUGGUGUCAUCAUCAAGAACAUCCUAAAUGAAAUUCGUCUCGGAGUCCAGGUUGGAGUCUGA